AUGGGGUCCAAAAAGGAUCCACGUACACCUGUAAAGGGUUUAGGUCCAAGGCUUAAAAAUAUUGCCGUAACACAUUUUAGAGGACUUUUGGGAGUCAUAGUACCUAUUGUGGCUUUAUCAUGGCAACCCAAGAAAGAUAAAAGUUACAUCACUGUAAGAUGCCUUUGGUUGUGGAUGUUUUGGUUCUUUUUGAUACAACCAGUAAAUAUUCCGGUGACAGGUUUCAUACCCAUGUUUCUUCUGCCCAUGACAGAUAAAAUUUAUGGUAUUCAACUAUUGGUUUUGGUUUGCAGACUGAUCUUCAAAGCAAGUACUGCUGCAUUCUUUUUAUCUAUGAUCUCAAAUAGACUUAUUGUGACUUCAACUAUAACGCAAUUUUUGACUCCAGCUUUCAUGAGCUUACAGAGUAGUACGGCCAGGUACAGAAAAACUGAGCCGGACUAUGAUGUAAUGCGGUAUAUUGUUUUAAACGCGGUGCAAACUGCAUCGGCUAUUGGAAGCGUGGCCAUUGCGCAUGCAGCUUUGACGACUUUAGCAAUGCGUGCUAUUUGGUGCUCGCACCCGGACGCUGGGUUUGAGUUUGCGGAUAUAUUUAAUUAUUUACAAUACACAUGUUUUGCAUUUCCGGUGGCUCUUGCUAUGUUCAUUGUCAAUUUAAUUUAUCACACCUUAGUUAUAAAUAGGGCCAUCGGUAAGGUGCAAAUGAGCGGAAGUAGUAUGACCGUGAUGAGAAAUACGUUAUUACAACAUAAACAUGCAUUACCACCUGCAAAAGCGCAUGAAAAGCUCUGCAUAUUUUUCUACAUUGCAUACUUGGCUUGUUGUUUCUUCCGAUGGAGUGAUUGGUUAAAAAAUAUUAGUAAGGGAUGGUCGGCUUUCAGAUCCGUGGGGUCUCAAGUACCACUAAUUAAAGAUGCAACGGUUGCAGCGAUAUUUGUAGUUGCGUUACACGUUUUACCAAAGUCACUCUCCUUUAGAAAAUAUUUUGUUGCUAAAAAGAAAUCGGAGCUUGGAGUUUUGAAACCAGAGUCGGGCAUUAUGUGGUGGCGCUUUGUGGAUAAAAAUACUAACUAUGGAUAUAUUAUUUUAAUGGGUGGUGGUAUAGCUUUAAAUACAGCUAUACGUAGAACAGCGCUUAGCACAUUGGUAACUGAAAGAUACGCAAAACAACUCACCGAUUUGCCUUGGCAUCCGUCUAUUUUUAUUGUUUGCCUAAUAUCAGUUCUACUCGCAAAUAUAAUGUCUGGAGUCGCCGCCUGCUGCGUUUUCCUACCUUUUGUUCUCAAUAUGACAUAUCCGGGGGCGGCCGCACACUGGAUAAAAAGAACGUAUUUAGGUGCAGUUGCUGUGGGCAUUGGUACUUCGAUGGGUUUUGCAUCACCAUUUUUGUUUACUCCUGCCUAUUUUUGCCAUUACACAGGCAAAGUUCCAAAAAGUAAAAUGGCAAAGUAUUCAAUCGGCAGUAUAAUUAUUUGUACUGUUAUACUGUGGCUGGCUCUCUGUUAUUGGGGUCCUUUUAUAUGGGAUCCUAAGAAUGUUGGAAUCGGAAUCUAUGGUGUAUACGAUUCUGGUUUACCACCCACUCCACCGAGUGGCGGCGAGGGUGGCGGCGGUGGUGGUGGAGAGGGUGGUGGUGGUGGUGAAGGCGGCGGGGGUGGUGGAGAAGGCCUA